AAAAGGCCGGUACUGGUUCCAAAAUUAUUUCAGACCCAUUCUUACAACCUGAAGAGUGGAACAGCUUCAAAGCUCACAACAUGGACUUCCUAAAGAAAUUCACCCAAGUUCAAGAUGACAGCACCAUGGGUUUUAAAGGCACUCCUGCUGAGACAGGAUACCUUGGAACAGUCAAAGCUGAUCCUAACUUCAAUGCCCAAACUGAUGCUGCAAGAUUGAAGAAAGCCAUAGAAACCAAAGGUGUGGAUGAAGCCACUAUUGUGGAGGUGAUAGCAAAGAAAACCAAUGCGCAGAGACAAAAGAUCAAAGAAGCUUAUCAGCAGAGCACAGGAAAACCUCUGGCAGAAGCACUUAAAAAAGCUCUGAAGUCAGAUUUCGAAGAAGUGGUUCUGGCCCUGCUUAUGACACCCCCGGAAUAUGAUGCUUUUGAAAUGAAAAGAGCCAUGAAGAAACUUGGGACAAAUGAAGAUGUCCUAAGUGAAAUUCUGGGCACUAGAACAAAAAAUGAGAUUGAAGCAUUGAAGAGAUCUUUCAAAGAAGUGAAUGGACAGCUGCUGGAGGAGGAAAUUAAAUCUGAAGUUAAAGGAGACCUGGAGACUACUCUGGUUGCCCUUUGCAAGGGUACCAGGAGUGAAGACCGUAACAUUGAUGAUGGUCUCGCUAAAAGUGAUGCAAAGGCUCUGUUUGAGGCAGGUGAGAAUCGAAUCGGCACCGUGUGCUCCGUUUUGAUUGACAUUCUCACAACCCGGAGUGAAGCUCAGUUGUGCAAAAUUUUCAAGUACUACGGCGAACUGAGUAAAGAUGGUGUUGCAAAAGACCUAGAGGGUGAGCUGAGUGGAAAUAUGGAGGAUUGUCUCAUGACCCUCGUGAAGGCUGCCUGGAACAAACCCGCCUACUUUGCAGAAAAGCUCCACUUGGCUAUGAAGGGUAUGGGAACCAACACUGACACACUGACUAGAAUCAUUGUGGGUCGUUCAGAAAUUGACCUGCUAAAAAUCAUUCAAGAGUACAAGAAGAUGUACGGCAAAACGCUUCAGGAACAAAUUCUGAAAGAAACUAAUGGAGAUUAUGAGAAGAUUAUGAUGGCAAUCUGUGGCGCUCCAUAACCAUCUAAAACUGUCACAUUAAAACAUGUAUCUGUCCAUCACAAAAGCCUACUGUAUAACCUCUGUAAGCACCAUUUAACCUUCCCAUGGUGUAAUUUAUAAGUGCUUUAUUAAAAUAAAAAUGCUUGUCAUUGUGUAAUGUUAUUUUGCUCAAUAAAUUCAGUUGACCACCUCA